CGCAUUCGCAGCCUCGCGUACACUCGCUCAGCCAGGCAGGCGUGCAGGCAGGCAGGCAGGGGGGCUAGCUCCGUCCCAGACACGCUGUCUGCCUCUCUCGUCUGGGACAGGAGAGAGAGAGCAAGAGGGAGACGGCUCGGCUUGGCUGCGAACGAGAGCCGCCGUGAGAGAGCAUGAGGACGCUUGCACAAGCUUGGGUUUGAACCCAGAAGACAUGGACCUCGGAGAGAGAGUGAGGAGGAGGACGAGGAGCUGACAAGAGCACCCGUCUUUAUUCUCUCGGAUGCUCGGAGCCGUCGCAGAACUCUCUCUCUCACGCUCUCGCGUCCUCUCUCUCGCCAGCGCGCUAUCUCUCUGUUCUUUCUCUCUCUCUCUUGGCUCUGAAGAUGCUCCGCUAAUCCUGAUUCGUACAUCAGCUCUGUGAAUGCUUGGGCGCCAGAUGCUGCACAAAUCUAUAUUUAUAUAUGAGAUCUAUAUGAUUAUAAAUCGCGAUGAGGAUUUAUGGCACACUUGCAGGACGGAUUUGACCGCACAGAUAAACAAGAGCAUCUGUGAAGAAAACAGCUGAAACUUCCCUUACGAAGGAUGUACAACGUUUUUGACACGGCACAACAGCUUCUCUAGAUAUUUUUAUCUUACUUCCCUCAGGGUUGAUUUGGGAAAACUCAGAAUUCUUUUUGACAUGUUUGUUCUUGACCACUGCUGGAUUUAAAACUCGCCUCGCCUCGCUUCGUCUCGGUAGGACGUCGCCCUCCAUGGUUUCUGCCCAUCUAAAGAAGCUACCGUCUUACAUUUUUAAGAUUUGCAAAGGAAUGUUUACAAAGAAACUGGCAACUACCACAAAGAAGAAAGAGAGUAGCGAAAACUCAAAGGGACCCAAAACGUCCCCCGAACUGCACCCUCGGAAUCAGACCUUCUCCAUCGCGUUAAAAAGCACAGUCAAGAAGAUCUCUAAAUGCUCGUCGGCGCGCGAUCUGUCUCUUGAGGAAGACGACGGCAGGAAGGACUGCUCUUCCCUUUCGCCGACCUUCAGUUACCGUGUAGCGAUCGCUAAUGGACUCCCAAAGAGCGCUAUCCUCCUGAACAAUAAUGAAUUUCAUGAAGUACUGUCCAUCAAUAGCAGCUAUUCUGACUCUCUAAACGAGGCCAAACUUGUCCAUAGAUUUUAUGAACAUAAGGCGUACACGAUGCCCGUGAGAAGGAACAGGAAGAGCAUGAUCAGCCUGGCGCCGUCCGACGGCAGCUCGGAGGGUGAGCGCGGCGAGCGCAGCAGUCUCCAAGCGCUCCGCCUGGGCGCUCUAAAGAAGCUUCGGAAAUGGAAAAAGAGCCAAGAAUGCGUCUCCUCUGACUCCUCCGAGGCCAGCAACUGGAGGAAGACGCUCGGCAUCCGGAGCAAGUCUCUGGAUCGGACCGGGAGGCAGCAGAAAGCCACAACGCUGGAACCGGGAUCCAGCUCCACGGGCUGCAUCAGCCAGACUCAGGACGUGAUGGAGAUGAUCUUUAAAGAGCUUCAGGGAAUCAGCCAGAUCGAGACGGAGCUCUCUGAGCUGAGAGGCCACGUGAACGCCCUGAAGAGCUCCAUCGACGAGAUCUCCAGCAGCGUGGAGGUGGUGCAGAGUGAAAUCGAGCAGCUCCGCUCGGGGUUCGUCCAGUCCAGGAGAGAAACCCGGGACAUCCACGACUACAUCCGACAGCUGAGUCAACAGACCAAUAAAGCUACCCUGAGAUUCCUAAACGUGCCUGAGGAGAAGUUUGAAAGAACCGAUGAACUCAUUUAUCAGAUUUUAAAAGAAAAAAUGGGUUUCGUUGAAGCACACAAAACAUUCAAAAUCGAACUCGCCCAUCGGUUGGGGCAACAAAGGGAAUGUUCGAAUGCCAAACCUCGUCCCAUCAUAGUUAUUUUUUCCAAUCCGCAAGACAGGGAUUUAGUUUUGAAAAAGUGUUAUAAGCUCAAAGGGACGGGGAUAUCGAUCUCAACGGACAGUCUUGCACACGAGUCAAAGGAGAGGAAGGAUCGAGCCAUGAGUUCCUCUCAGACGUACGAAAGCAUGGACAUUAAAGUGACGGUCAAGGACAAGGCCGAAAGCGACGACUGGGACUCGAUGGACAGUGAUAAGGAGCUGGACGAAUUAAGUAAAAACAAAUAUGCAAUCGUUUCCAAACCACAUCAAAAAACUAAGACGGAUAAAAAAAAGGCACACAACCAUAGGCGGUCCACGGAAGACGCCGCGUACUCCGUGCAUUAUGCAGACGACGCCGCCUACGAAGACAAGCAAAACAAGUCCUACUACUCCGACAUGACUCCUGGCUGGCUCUCCCAGAGCGACUACUCCACCCCUAAGCUCAGUCGCUCGGAAUCGGACUGCUCCAAACUGUGCCAGUCUUACUCUGAGGACUUCUCUGAGAGCCAGUACUUUAGCAGGGUCAACGGAUGCUCCAUGCUGUCGUCCUCCGAUCAGGAGCUCUGGCAGCGCAAGCAGGAGGACAUGGCUUCUUCUUGGUAUGCUAGCCCACCCAGCCAAACCCUCAGUCAGGAAACCCAACCCUACGUAGAGCACAAUGAAGUCGAGACCACAGAGACUAUCGACAGCGGUGUGAGCAACGGUCUCGUUUGUAUAUCGGGAGACAGGAGUCACUACAGUGGCUCUCAGCUCUCUUUGCAAGGUGACCUCUCUCCUUGGAAGGAUUGGCACCACCUCGAACAAGGUGCUGACUCUGGUCUGGAUGCGUCAACUGAACAUAACAUAGUCUCUGAAAUCAGUAGCCCGUUUGACCCCGCUGCUAACCCUGGUUUCCCCGAGAAGAUAACAAAAUGCCUUGAGGUGGACUUGCAGUUUGAAGGCGAGACCUUUUUUGACAGCACUCCUGAGACAACCCAGGAAGUAGAUAUAGAGCCUGAAGCUGAGCCAGAACCCGAGCCAGAACCCGAACCAGAACCCGAGAUAGAAGCUGUAAUAGAACCGAUGCAAGUUCCAGCUCCUGCGCCGGAACCCAAACCAGAAAAGAAGCCCAAGUCGCCGAAGUCAAAGUCCAAACCUCGGGCCAAACCUGAGUCGGCCCCUCAGACUCUCCAGCGGCAGGACGUGAAGGGGAAUCAACUGCAGCAAAACCAGAAGUCUUCCAGUAUGUACCGAAGCCAGAGUGAGAUCAGGAUUGAAAAGACCGAAGAGGUUCCUAAAUCCUGGAGUAGCAGGCUGAGUAUAGACUUGACUGAGAAGACCUUCAGUUUUGGUGGCUUUGGUUCGACCUUACAGAGGGCCAAAUCUGCCCUGGAAGUCGUCUGGAAUAAGGGGUCACAGAGUAACAGUGCCCCUGCCGAGGAGCCCAGUAGCAUCCCUUUCAUCGGUCGGUUCAGGACCAUGUCGCAAUCGACAGCCAACGAUUCCAGCACCACUAUCGACUCUGACGUCUACAACGAACCCUUCUACUACAAAGCCGAUGAGGACGAACAUUCCGCAGAGCAACCUGUGGACAACGAGACGCAUUACGUUGAAGUGAUGGAGCAGGUGCUGGCUAACCUCGAGAACAGAACGAACGCCAACGAGGUGGAGGAAGUGUUCCAAGAGGAAGAGUACCAAGAAGACGUCUCACAAGAGGAUGACAUCUCGCACGAAGGAAACCCGGUACUGGAAUAUGACUGCAGCCUUGACGAGCAGUACGAUGAGGAAUACAACGAAGACUACGGCAUCAACCAGACCACUGAGGACAAAGACGAAUACGAGGCUUUGGUGGAGUACAUAGAAGUUACCGAGGAGGAGGCGUUGGAUGAGGCUGAAGAGCAGGAAGAUGAAGAAGCACAAAUUGAAGCAGAGGUUCAAGAGGUUCCACAGGAACAGACUGAAGACGAGGUCAAGGUAUCUCUGGAAGACGAGAACAAAAACGUCACCGCAGCGCCCGUCGCAGUGGAGGAACCGGCGCCAAAGAAGAGGAUGCGGCCGACCUUCAAGGAAGCAGCGUUGAGGGCCUACAGGAAGCAGAUGUCCGAGUUGGAACAGCAAAUUCUGGCUGGAGACAGUGCUGCUCUGGAUGCACAGGGUCAUGGUGGGAUUCUGGAUCCAGCCAAACUGGGGCUGAGUGGAGGGGGGACUGGCAGUAUUCUUUAUGGCAUCGACAGCAUGCCUGAUUUACGGCGGAAGAGGACCGUGCCCAUUGUGCGGGACCUGGCUUUGACUCUGGCUGCUCGAAAGGCAGGCAUCUCGUUUGCGCUGGUCAACAGAUCCACCCUGAACAACGAGGACCUGAAGCUGCAGGUUUUGAGGAAGACUCUACAGGCUCUCAUCUAUCCCGUCUCCUCCACCACACCGCAUCAUUUCGAGGUCUGGACGGCAACGGCGCCGACCUACUGCCCCGAGUGUGAGGGUCUGCUGUGGGGCAUCGCGCGCCAGGGCAUGCGCUGCACUGAGUGUGGCGUCAAGUGCCACGAGAAGUGCCAGGACCUCCUGAACGCCGACUGUCUCCAACGUGCGGUGGAGAAAAGCUCUAAACACGGUGCAGAAGAUAAAACCCAGAACAUCAUCAUGGCCAUGAAGGAGAGGAUGAAGAUCCGCGAGAAGAACCGACCCGAGGUGUUCGAGCUUAUCCAGGAGAUGUUCCAGCUCUCUAAAGAAGACUUCACCUCUCACUUAAAGAGUGCCAAACAGGCCGUGCUGGAGGGCAUGUCCAAGUGGUCAGCCAAGAUCGCCAUCAUCGUGCUGUGUGCUCAGGGUCUGCAGGCGAAGGAUAAGACCGGUUCCAGUGACCCCUAUGUGACUGUGCAGGUGGGAAAAACCAAACGAAGAACCAAAACCAUUUUCGGGAACCUGAACCCGGUCUGGGACGAGAAGUUCUUAUUCGAGUGCCACAACGCUACAGACCGCAUCAAAGUGAGAGUGUGGGACGAGGACGACGACAUCAAGUCUCGCGUCAAACAGCAUUUCAAAAAGGAGUCUGACGACUUCCUGGGUCAAACCAUCAUCGAAGUUCGCAUGCUGAGUGGAGAGAUGGACGUGUGGUACAACCUCGAGAAAAGAACUGAUAAGUCGAUGGUGUCUGGAGCUAUCAGGCUGAAGAUCAGUGUGGAGAUGAAGGGCGAGGAGAAAGUGGCUCCACCACAUGGACAGUACACGUGUUUACAUGAGAACCUGUUCCACUACCUCACCGAGGUGAAGAAUAGCGGCGCAGUGAAGAUUCCCGCGGUGAAAGGUGACGAGGCCUGGAAGGUCUACUUUGAUGACGUCUCUCAGGAGAUCGUGGACGAGUUCGCCCUGCGUUUCGGAGUGGAGUCCAUCUACCAGGCCAUGACACAUUUCUCCUGCCUCUCGUCCAAAUACAUGUGUCCCGGAGUGCCGGCUGUUAUGAGCAAUCUGCUAGCAAACAUAAACGCCUACUUUGCUCACACCACCACCACCAGCACCAACAUCUCCGCCUCGGACCGAUUCGCCGCUUCCAACUUUGGGAGGGAGAAAUUUGUGAAACUGCUGGAUCAGCUCCACAACUCUCUGAGGAUCGAUCUCUCCAAGUACCGGGAUAAUUUCCCUGCUGGAAAUCCAGACAGGCUGCAGGAUCUGAAAUCCACCGUCGACCUGCUGACCAGCAUCACCUUCUUCAGGAUGAAGGUGCAGGAGCUGCAGAGCCCCCCGAGAGCCAGCAUGGUGGUGAAGGACUGUGUGAGAGCCUGCCUCGACUCCACCUACAGAUACAUCUUCGAUAACUGCCAUGAACUCUACAACCAGCUGCUCGACCAGUCGAAGAAGCAGGAGCUGCCGCGGGAGGAACAGGGACCUUCCAUCAAGAACCUGGAUUUCUGGCCCAAACUCAUCACGCUGAUGGUGUCUGUGAUCGACGAGGACCGGACAGCUUACACGCCCAUCCUCAACCAGUUUCCUCAGGAGCUGAGCAUGGGUCAAAUCAGCGCUGAGAUCAUGUGGAACCUGUUCGCUCUCGACAUGAGAUACGCCAUGGAGGAGCACGACAAGCAUCGGCUGUGCAAGAGCACGGAGUACAUGAACCUGCACUUCAAAGUCAAAUGGUUCUACAACGAGUACGUGAGGGACCUGCCGGCCUUCAAGGGGACGCCGCCCGAAUACUCUCUGUGGUUCGAGCCCUUCGUCAUUCAGUGGCUGGAUGAGAACGAAGCCGUCGCCAUGGAUUUCCUCAACGGCGCCCUGGAGAGGGAUAAAAAGGACGGGUUCCAGCAGACGUCCGAGCACGCACUGUUCUCCUGCUCGGUGGUGGACGUCUUCACCCAGCUCAACCAGAGCUUCGAGAUCAUCAAGAAACUGGAGUGUCCGAACCCCCAGGCCCUCGCUCACUUCAUGUGCAGGUUCGCUAAGACCAUCAACAAAGUUCUCCUGCAGUACGCCGCCAUCAUCUCCAAAGACUUCAGCAACCAUCUGAGCAAAGACAAAUUGCCCUGCAUCCUCUUGAACAACAUCCAGCAGCUCCGGGUUCAGCUGGAGAAGAUGUUCGAGUCCAUGGGAGGGAAGCAGGAGGAGGGGGUCGUGACCUUCUGUAAGCUGGACGCAGAGGCCAGCGAGUUACUGAAGGAACUGCAGAAUAAACUCAACACGGUUCUGGAUGAACUGAGCGCUGUGUUUGGAUCCAGCUUUAAGGUGGUGAUAGAGGACUGUGUGAAGCAGAUGAAUCAGGAGCUCCUACAGAUGAAGAGCAACGGCGCCAACAAAAGCAACGCCGCCAUGGAUGCUGAAACUGUCCUCCGUCCCCUCAUGGACCUGCUGGACAAAAACCUCAUCCUGUUCGCCAAGAUCUGUGAGAAGACGGUGCUGAAGCGGGUGCUGAAGGAGCUCUGGAAGAUCGUCCUCAACACCAUCGAGAGACAGAUCGUCCUGCCUCCGCUGUCCGACCAAACGCAAGGAGCUCAGAUGAUCUUCAAUGCAGCCAAGGACCUGGGACAGCUCUCCAAACUCAAGGAACAUGUGAUUCGGGAGGAGGCUCGCAGCCUGAGCGCUCGCCAGUGUGCCGCCAUGGAUCUAGUGCUUCCUACCAUCAAGCAAUACUUCCAUGCGGGAGGAAACGGCCUGAAGAAAACAUUCCUGGAGAAAAGUGCUGACCUGAAGUCACUUAAAUAUGCACUCAGCCUUUACACACAACCCACAGAUGCCUUGGUCAAGAAAUAUAUAUGCACCCAGUUAUCUCAAGGUCAGUCAUCGUCCAGCUCGGUGGGUGAAGUGGUGAUGCAGGUGGAUCUCAUUUCUCACCCGGGCACCGGAGAACACAAAGUCAGCGUCAAGGUGGUGGGCGUAAACAACAUCAACUGGCAGACGAACGCCAUGUUUAGGCCGUUCAUCGAGAUCAACACCAUCGGGCCACAGCUCGCUGACAAGAAACGCAAAUUCAGCACCAAGACCAAGAACAACAACUGGUCUCCCAAAUACAAUGAAACAUUCCAGUACGUCCUGAGCAGCGAGCACGGACCCGAGUCGUACGAGCUGCACGUGUCCCUGAAGGACUACUGCUUCGCCCGGGAGGACCGCGUCAUCGGCGUCACCGUGCUGCAGCUCAACGAACUGAGCGACAAAGUGAGCCUGAACGGCGCGUACCCCCUGGUGCGCAGCAUCAACAUGGACGAGACGGGCCUCACCAUCACGAGGAUCCUCUCGCAGAGGACCAACGACGAGGUGGCCAAGGAGUUCGUACGGCUCAAGUCCGAGACGCGCUCGGCCGAGGAGGCGUCCUAAUGAACAGCGUGACGGACUGUUUGGGUUCAAAGCAAAAAAUAUAUAUAUAAAUAAAUACGUUUAAAAAAGGACUAAAGGAAACCGGAGAUCGUCGCAGUGGCGCGAGAGUCGUGUCGUUCGUUUCCGUGCAUGUGUGUAAAACAUCCGUCGGAAUGUUUAUUUGAAACUACAAGUAUGUACAAGUGUUUACCUGCUGUAUGCUCACUAUGAAGUCGUAUAUUCUACGUGACGAGGCGUCGAUAACGUUUUUCUAU